UUCCAAAGCUAGCUUCCAUCUGGCAAUCCCAUUAACACCUGGGCACAGCUCUUCCCUGGAGCUCUAUGCAGAGGGUAUCUCCUCUCUAGGACUAUACAAGGACUGAACAAGAAGGAGGAGGACAGAGCAGAGCCAUGAACACUGUCCUGGAAAUCCUUCUGCUUCUGAUCACCAUCAUCUACUCCUACUUGGAGUCAUUGGAGAAGUUUUUCAUUCCUCGGAGGAGAAAAUCUGUGGCUGGGGAGAUUGUUCUCAUUACCGGAGCUGGGCAUGGAAUAGGCAGGCAGACUGCCUACGAGUUUGCGAAACGACAGAGCAGACUGGUUCUUUGGGAUAUUAAUAAGCAUGGUGUGGAGGAAACCGCAGCUGGGUGCAGAAAGCUAGGUGUCACUGCGCAUGCGUAUGUGGUAGACUGCAGCAACAGAGAAGAGAUCUAUAGCUCUGUAAACCAGGUGAAGAAAGAAGUGGGUGAUGUAACAAUCGUGGUGAAUAAUGCUGGGACAAUAUAUCCAGCUGAUCUUCUUAGUACCAAGGAUGAAGAGAUUACCAAGACAUUCGAGGUCAACAUCUUAGGACAUUUUUGGAUCACAAAAGCACUUCUUCCAUCGAUGAUGGAGAGAAAUCAUGGCCACAUCGUCACAGUGGCUUCAGUUUGCGGCCACAAAGUGAUUCCUUAUCUCAUCCCAUAUUGUUCCAGCAAGUUUGCUGCUGUUGGCUUUCACAGAGGUCUGGAAUCAGAACUUGAAGCCUUGGGAAAAACUGGUAUCAAAAUCUCAUGUCUCUGCCCAGUUUUUGUGAAUACUGGGUUCACCAAAAAUCCAAGCACAAGAUUAUGGCCUGUGUUGGAAACAGAUGAAGUUGCAAAAAAUCUGAUAGAUGGAAUACUUACCAAUAAGAAAAUGAUUUUUGUUCCAUCAUAUCUCAAUAUCUUUCUGAUGCUACAGAAGUUCCUUCCUGAACGUGCCUUAGCGAUUGUAAAUCGUAUGCAGAAUAUUCAAUUUGAAGCAGUGAUUGGCCACAAAGUCAAAAUGAAAUGAGUAAAUAAGCUCCAGCCAGAGAUGUAUGGAUGAUAAUGAUAUGAAUCUAAGUUUAGAAUCAAUGCCUCAAAGCUUUAUUUCACAUUUUUUUCCAGUCCUGUUAAUAUUUAAAACAUUGGCUUGGCACUAGCCCCAGUCAAAUGAGCAAGACUAAUGGCCUGUUUCUCUGUUUCUCAAGAAUAUUAAUGUAGUUUUUAAUAGUCAGGGCUGUUUUUCCUUUCAUGCUUCUUAAAAACUUUUGUGGUUACAUAAACAUACUUAAAAGCUUUUCUUUAAGAUGGUUUAUUUUAUUUUUCCAUUCAAAGGUGAACAAAAGCUACCUCCCUAAGAGUAACUACAAAGAUAACUUAAAUUUCACAAUACAGG